GCUGUUCCUCGGGAACGAUCUUGUGUCGCUAAGCACCGUGCCAGUCGGAUGCAAGAGUAGACUUUCAUUGGGCUAUCGAAUCGGGCGGUUUUUCUCCUGUGACUGAAACUUUUCCCCCCAUUGUGAAAGGCCUGCUUCGGUUAAGCCAAUGGGUUGUUGAGUGAUUGAAGUGCUUAAUUAUUGGUGAUCCGUUUAAGAAAGGAUUGAAAAACAAACUCAGUGCUUCCCGGUUACAUGAUCAUGGUUGUUGGAUGAGCGUCAAAAAUGCGUGCUCGUUAGUUGGUUCGGUUUUAAAUAAUGGAGAUGAUCACUUUUGGGACUGUUCUUAGGUGGUGUUGAAAAUCGAUUCCCGGGCAUUGGACGAUUCUUCCAGACAGCUUUUAAGGUGGUGAAGUUGAAGUUAGCCUCUUGAAGGUGCGGUUAGCUGUUAAAGUUUGAUUUUAAAAGACAAGAAACCGGAAGUAAUUGUAACGUGCCCCUAGCUCAUCAAUGGAUACAAAUUCGUAGAAAAAAAAUUAAUGCAAAUUGUAGUUUAACGAUUGCAUCGAGUGAAUGCAUCGGAGCAUCGAAGAGCGAAAAAAAAAUUGAAAGUGAUGCGUUGAAUAACAUAACGUCAAACAGAGCACAACAAGCAAUCAAUGAAAACAAAACAAGAAAAUAAAAUAUCUGGCAAAGCGCCGAGUCAAACCAAGAUCCGGAACGUGUGUAGUUUUCUUUAAAAAAAAGUUAAGUGCUUUUAUUGAAAAGUGGCGCCUCUAGUAUUUUUUGGUUGUUGCUCUAAAAGCAGCAACAAAUAAUUGAUAUCAUACCGCGAGAUUGGUUGAAGCCGAUAGAGCUCACAGCAGCGAUCAUUGAUCUAUCAGCUGUCACCGUUGUGCAAUCGGAGUCGUGGUUAACUCACCGUCUAGAUAAUGAACUAGGAGUCACUCUUCACUGCGAACGAAUAACACGGUGGGUGGCUAGUUUGAUUAACGUUCCUUUGUUGGGCACGAAUGUACUAGGACUGUCGGGAUCACACUCGGAUUAGCCCACGUUUGUCUGGUUAAGAAAAAUUUCCGCCUAAAAGGUUCACCCAACAUGUCUAUGGAAUAAAGAAAAAGAUAUUUAUUCCAGCGAAAAAUUGCCACUGCAAGUCAGUGCAAAGCGCAAAGAAACGCGUCUUGUGACCCUCAGCAGCUUCCAUAUUUGAGGGUGGUGCACAAAAUUCCACUCGUGGCUCAGAGUGCGUUCCCAUAGAAAAAAGAAAAGAAUCAAGUGAAGUGAAUGCAAGAAGUGUUGGCUGAAUUUGGUCCGACAGCUGAAAAGAGUUUUCUGUUCUGUGUUGAUUAACCCCGUCUAGUGGUGGCAUCAAAUUCAAAACCCAAAACCAGACGAGGGCACAUUGAAAAUUCGCAUCGCGCCCCAACUGUGAAAAAAAGUGCAGAAGAAAAGCCUCUCUUCACACGAAAAGUAGGGGCACCGAAAAAAGGUGAAACAAUUGGAAGGUUUGUUGUUUCGAGGCAUCUGAAAUUGCUGGGGUGUGUUCAAACGCAAAAAUUGAAAUUUUAACGUGACACCUCCAACUGCGCGAGUAAUCUUCGAAGAGAGAGAGAAGGGGCCCAUUAGUGGCGAAAUAAGCAGCAGUAGCAGUGAAACAAAAAAUUAAUAAGAAGCAGUGCUUGAAGUUGAAACAAGUGUUGAUGGUUUUUUGUUAAAUGAGUUCUCGUGCGACCAUUCUAGAGCGACCUAGCGUUGGUCUGACGAAAACCCCCUAGUUGAAUGAUGUGCAAUUUCUUAGUUGCUUCCAUUAUUGUGUACCAAAGAGGAGAAAAAAAAGAAGAAGGGCCGCUGCUGUUUUGUGUUGGCGAAUUUACGCUAUGGUAAAACGUGCAAUUUUUUCCCCCAAUUCGUGGCCAUCGUCGUCGUCGUCACUUUUGUUGUUUGCAAUGGAAAAACGGUGCACUUUCGGUACAGAAAAGGCGUAAGCAAGUUCGAAUCCAAAUCCAAAAUGACGACCUGUUUGCUGCAACCGAUGUUGUGCAAAUAAGGAAAGCGGUUUUUCGAUCGAAGGUUGGCUCGUUAUUUUACUGGCGGCGGCGGUAGUUCAUCGAAGGGCCAGCAGGUGGAAGCGGCAAAAAGUUGUCGACAAGUUCGGGCCCCGAUUUUGAAUCGAAGGCGCCAUCUACAUUUUUUGGAAGGUUUCCGUAAGCGUUGAAACCACUCCACAAGAUGGACAAAUCAGCUGCAGCUGCGGCCUCCGGAGGCCACUCGGGGCCUAAGGUGUCCCAGAUAGCCAACCUAUUCCAGCGAAAGCCGGUGGAAGUGGCUACACAAGAACCAGUGAAAGAUCAGUGCACAGCCAAUCAGCCGUCUCCAACGGCCACCGUAGUCCGGACAGAAUCGCACGCAGCCCGAUUCAAUCACGCGAGGGCAUUGUUUGAAAAGCUGGGCGAAGGAAGGGUAAAUCGGCCACCCCCCUUUAGCAUCAAAAUGUCACAUUCCAGUAGCAAAGAGGACAAUCUGUCCGAGAUCGGAACAGAACAGGAACGAUCGCCAUCCCCGAAACGAAGACACCACCCCAUCAGCAACGGGGUAGGAAAGAUUGAUUCAAAUCGAAUAUUGAAUCAAUCCCGGUUGAAGUCGGAAAAGCCGGAAAAACCGGAGAAGCCCGAAAGGAAGUUUAAUUCCCGGGAGCUUAUAGAGAAGCAGAAAAAUUGGACAUCACACUUUUCCAAAACACGAACAACGAAGGGAAGCAGUGAUUUCAACCGAUGUGAUAUUAUUAGGGCUGUUCCCGGAACCGGACUCCACGGUGCCAACAGCAGCAGCAGUUCCAGCAGUAGUAAUUCCGCACCGAUUCCAGUUACCACAAAUGGUAACGCUUCCAGCGGAACACCUUCACAUCCAGCCAAAGAACCAAACACGCAACGCACAGAACCGCCGCAUCAUCCGGCACCUCCCGCACCAGCGCCGGUUCCAUCCCACAGGCUUCCAUCGCCCACGGAACCACCCCCUAGUCCUCCAAAAAGACAAACACCUCCUCCGCCACCUCCGGAGAAAGGUCCACGAAACAUUCGACAAAGCUCAUUCCCAUCGCCAACCAAAAUCCCCCCGGCAGUCCCUCCUCACGCCACCGACCUAGCAUCGCUAAGCCCCACAAAAAUCAGCCCCGAAAAGCUGAAACCCCCACCCCGUCAAGCGGAACCACCACCACACACCCAAACAGCAGCCCUACCCCCCCUCGCUCCAAUCCGGAACAAAUCCGACGAACCCCCGGAAAAAGGCAUCCGCAAAAAGUCUCUGGACACAACCCUAGACGAACAGCAGCACCAAACCUCCUCGCCCCGUUCCUUCGAACUCGGAGGCCUCCGAAGACAGUCAACGGAAAAAGACAGCGGAACCAGUGGCCUAACGUCACCGGCUCACGCCAUCAGCUCCUCCCCAUCGCCGGGGGCCAGCGCAUCUUCCGGUCCAUCCUCACCCAUUCACACCGAGGACGAGAAGCAGGAGAACGAAGCCACGGAGAAGGCAGCAACCACAACCGAAUGCAUCAGCAAACUAGACGAGGACGAGGGUGUUCCGGCGGAGGAAAAAAGUGGUACGUAAUUCCAACCUUUUUUGUAAGUAUUUUAUUUCCUAAAAAGAGAUCCUCUUCUACAUCGAUACACUUGACCCAGCAAUGCUUGUACUUUUUAAAUUUUCACAAAAAAAUUGUGUCAAACUUGCAUUCUAAUUUUGUGUAUUUUAUACUUUGAUUUUCCAAAAUACACUUCCUGGAGAUGGCCGAAACAAAUUAGUAAAUCGAAACGUAAAAAAAUAGCUUGGAAGUUACACCGAAAAAUGUCAACCAAAAACAAUAAUAAAAUUGGAACAUAACUUAGUGGAUUAGUGGAUACGGUGGCAGUUUGUAGCUUAAUUGAAUCAAUUUAUUAACCUAAUGAAUUGGUGUCCUAAGCAAUACGACAUCGUGAGUUUUUCGCAUAUUUUUCUCUACAGAAAUGGUUCUUGGAAGUAUCAGCAUGGAUCCAAAAAAUCCAAAAAAUAGAAGUUUGGACUCGUUGAAUCUUGAAAAAUCAUUUGUUUUACAACAGUCGCCAUGCAACAGAAUUUUUCUUUUGGUGUCAAUUUACAUUUUUCUUUUUUCAAUUUUGAUGCAAAUGUUGAAAUCAAUAAGUUGUCAAGAGCUUUCAUUUUCAUUUUAGUUUGUUUCUAAUAUAAUCAUCUGGCAACAUCCCGAAAGACGAUCGGCUCCCGAGAACGUGAAUGAAUUCACGUCUUUUUGAGCUCUGAGUAUGCGCUCUCGUGUUUCGAGAUCACUUUGCUUGGACUCGGAGAUUUACAAGUGACUCCGUUUUGUAGGGGAGAACCAUUUCUUCAUUCAUUCAUCCAUUCAUAUGUGCUCGGUCGAGUAUCGUUCUACUUACAGACAGCCAGCCAGCUUCCCCCUUCUCCCUACGCGUCGCCGAUUUAGCAGACACGCUACUAAUCUGCUCGUAGACGUCUGACAAUCACGAUCGCUAGAACGGGGCGACGCGACAUUCGUGAGUUCCACUAAGUCAGUACCGAGACUAGUGUCUCGACUCGGCAGGCGGGAUCGUCAAAACAGAGAGAACAGACAAAAAAAAAACAUUCGAAUCACAAAUUUGUUUUCGCUUUCCGUCGAUGAACUCGCUCCCGAUCGGGAUCUUCGCAGCUCAGUCAGUACACCGGCUGUUUGAGCCGCAAGUUUUCGCGUACCGACCGCGAUCACGAUUGGACGUGGUUCUUGGAACGAUCUUAGUUCGUCUGUCGAUCUUCCCCUUCUUCCUGUCUUUUUGCCGCAAGCCGCCGUCGUCGUCGUCGUGUUCCGUCUCCGGGUUGGGAUUUCUGUGAUCUUCGUCCGUCGUCCGGCCGGCCGGGAGUGAAGUGGAAAUUCCUCUGAACCAUUCGCAACGAUCAGAAGCUUGUUCAAGAAUAAAUCGACAAUGGAAAUCGGAAUUGUUGCAAUUUAAUUGAGCUGCAAAAAUUAUUCUCUACCCGGAGCCAGCAAUUAUCAAUAUUGUUACAUUGAUUGAAGAACGCGAGUGGCGGGGAAAUUUAAAUUCCGUACCAAUACGCGCGACGCGACAAUCGCCAAGCGCAGAAAUGGCCGCUUGAAACCAUUCAAAAUGGCAGUGAUUUGUAAAUUUUCGGAAAAUAUCCUACAUAUAAAGACUUCAUCCGCCAAAACUUUCUUUCCGCAUUUCGUGUGGUGAUGAAAAGUUAAUGUGUUCCGAUGGAAAAUUGUGUGUGAAUUGAGCUUCCCUCGUAUUUCCGUUUGGGUUGCUUUUGGGAAGUGCCCCUAGGGGAAAUUUCAGAGUAAGAAAAUACGUGAGACGCGUUGCUCUACUUGUGUAGAUCCAGGCAAAUGUCCCUCAAUUUCAAUCCAGAUCAGAACGAACAACAACUCCAGCCCUUGUGAAAAAGGCAAAAGUGAACCGAGCAAAAGAAAAUACACAACGUAAAGAGUUUUUCAAUUUCCACGACCCGGUUUUUCCUCCGUAAUAGUUGUGCACUCUCACUUUGCUUUUGGAGUCGAAGAAAAUGUGAAAAUCCCCGUCGUCAGUCGUGCAGUCAGGCAGUGUUGUGUGUUGGGAAUGUUGCCUGCUGGCGUGAAAUUUUAAUGCGGAAAUGAAGUGGAAUUUUCACGCGCCAAACGCUCUCUCACAAAUAUUCCUGGUCCCAGUCAGUACCAUCUUAUGGUGUGUGGUACCCGCACGUACCGAAAGAAAAUUCAAUUUGACGAUAUACUUUUCUAGUGAUGGUGUGACGUGUGUGAUGGGUUUUAUUGUAACUUUAUGGUCACAUUUGGCGUUUCUUCCAAAGCCAAGGAAAGAGAAAGACACAAACGCAAUCGGACUUACAGAAGAGUGGGUUCACUCUUGAGGUUCUAAAAGUAUCAGCCGUUGGUUUCUUGUCUCAUUGAGGCCUGUAUGUGUGAAGAUUACAAAUUUAUGUGGUUUUGGGGGUUCGCAGCGCUUCAUGAAGUUCAUGAAUAUUACCGAAGAAUUUAAAUUCACCAAACUUCCAAAGCAAUGUCGUCAAUUUUGUGAACCAUACCAUUGUACUGGCUUUUUAGCUGUCAGUUAUCUCAUCUAGAAUCUACAUUCUACGGUCACAAACUAUUAUAAAAGUUAUUUUGUGUUUAAUUUUAAAGCAUUAUUUUUAAAGUUUACAGUUAUUGAAAUACUUAUCCGAGGCAACUGUGUUCAAUGUUUACUCUUGGUCUUUUGAACUCGCGAACAUUGGCUCAGGAUGCAACUGACUUGCCGCCAACUGAGCUUUAUCUGAAGCCCCAAAAUGAAUAAAAAAAAUUUUAAAUUUCGCAUUAUUUUUUUAAUGGACGCUAUAUAAAUCCCAAAUAAAAAAAUCACCGUAAUGAAUUCUAGAGUGUCAAUUUGACACUCCUUGCUGUAAAUCACUGUAUUUAUAUUAAGGUUGCCAGAAUUUUUAAGCACAUAUCCGGGUUGACCAAGGAAAAAAAAAUUUUUUUUCAUCAAAACUGAUCAGCAGAUUUCAAAAUGUAGGGGAGAUAAGGGCAUAACGAGCACCCGGGGCAUAGUAUCUUUUCUACAAAAGUACGCAUUUUCUUAAAUAAAUUUUCAUGAGGAAUAGUUUCGUACUUCCUAUAGAAUUAAUUUUUUACCAAAAAUGAAAUCUCCCUCCUUAUCAUCUUUACAGAAAUAUUUAAACAAAAACAUUUAGGUUCUUAAGUGACGAAAAUAUUAUAAUUUUCAAGCACCAGGAAACAAGCUUUUAUGAUCUUUGAAUCAUCUUGAUCUACAAUGUACGCACUGCAACAUGAAAAACACAUUAUUCCUGAAUUUUCACCAUGAUUAUUUUUUGGAUUUUCCACUUAAAUAAACUUUCAACUUGCGUUCUUACCUAAAUUUGUUGACUCGGGGCGAACAGAGCACAAUUAUUCGGGGCACGAUGAGCAUUUUCUGCCAUAGCAUCUAGUAGCGAAUUCAAUUCGAUGUGGUCAACUGAAUGAUAGAGCUACAGCUUGCUUAGUUUACAUCUGACGAUUUGGCCUAUUGGUAAGAUGUCGGAGAGAUAAUCAGAUUCUCGAGUUCGAUUCCUGUUCGAGGAGAUUUGUUUUUCAUUUACUAUUCUGAUCGAUUAUUUUGAUUGUUGCAUUAUAUGACUAGUAGCAUCUUAGCGGGUGAUGCAAAGCACCAAAAACAUAAUAUAUUAGUAUGUGUGAAUUGUUUGUAUUCUACAAACAGUCACACAUUUUUUUAGUAUUGCAUUGAUUGAUGGAUCUACGCCUCACCGUUUAGUGUAAAAUCCAUCGCUCAUGAAUGGUAAAUGAAAAAAAAAAUCACCUCGAACAUGAAUCGAACUCGAAUCUACUGAUUACCUCUCCGACACCUUACCAAUAGGCCAAAUCGUCAGAUGAAACAAGUCAAGCUGUAGCUCUAUUAUUCAGUUGCCUUCAUAGAGUGAAAUUCACUGCUAGAUUCCACGGCAGAAAACGCUCAUCGUGCCCCGAUUAAUGUUGCUUAUACUGCCCCAGUGGGGGUUCUCAUUAUGCCACUAUAAUGACUGAUUUUCAUCUUUCGGCAAAAAAUGCAUUUUAAACGUUUUUAUUUACUUUUUCAAGCAUCAGCUAGUUAGGAAAUAGACUUUUUUAGUGUCUGAACAAGAAACAAUGGUGUGAGUUACAAAUUAUAGCUUUUUUCUAUAGUAAAAUAGGCGUCUUCCUUGAGGUGGGCAUUAUGGCCUUAUCUCCCCUAUUUUAAGCUUCCAAAAAACCUAUCAUGAUUUUUUUUAUAAAACUUGUUAAAAAUAUUUUGUUUUGGACGUAUAAAUAUAAAAUUUAUACAACACAAUUUGUUUGUUUUUUUUUUCGAAUAAAACUGGCCAAUCUGACAAGCUUAA